AGGAGGAAGAAGAGAGACACAGUCAGCAGGCACCACCGGCUGUAUGGGACUUGGACAGAAGGACUAGCAGAAUUUGUCCUUGACGAAGCGUCACACUGCUGAAUCCCAGAGAGACUGAGAGGACAGAAAGGGACAGAGGCAGGAGAUGAGACAGCCAAGGGGGUUAUCCCUCUCUCUGUGGCUUACCUCUAGAGAUGACCCAAUUAUUAUCUACUGGAGCUAAGUGGUAUCAAGAGGACAAUAAAGACUAAUUCCUCCUCAUUAACUGGGCCUCUAUGGAUUUUACCUGUGAUGGCUCACCUGAGCAGAUGAAGAUUUGUUAAUGUGAAACUUGUUGAUAUCCCACCGAUAUCAACUCAUACUGCUGUAUUGUAUAUACGUACGUCUAGAGGUGUGUCUCAUCACAGAGAGCUUGUAGUCGUUGAAGUAAUGGAGGCAGUCUUGUUGGGUCUAGACGAAGCGGUCUGUACUCAGCAGGGUCUGCUGUGGACUCUCACCUCAACUGCCCUCAGACGCCUUCGUGUGCAUGCAAGGAACCUUCCUGCACCCCUGCAUCUAUUGCACAUACACAGGUGUGUUUCUAGGCCACUCUAUCAGAUGACAGAGGGGAGGCGAUGUCAGGUCCAUCUCCUGGACGACAGGAAGCUGGAGCUCCUUGUACAGCCCAAGCUGAUGGCCAAGGACUUGCUGGACCUCGUGGCCUCUCACUUCAACCUCAAGGAGAAGGAGUACUUUGGAAUCGCAUACACAGAUGAAACGGGCCAUUUUAGUUGGCUGCAGUUGGACCGCAGGGUAUUAGAACACGAGUUCCCCAAGAAGUCUGGUCCCAUUGUCCUCUAUUUCUGUGUCAGGUUCUACAUAGAGAGUAUAUCCUACCUGAAAGACAAUGCCACUAUUGAGCUGUUUUUCCUUAAUGCCAAGUCCAUCAUCUACAAGGAGCUUAUUGAAGUGGACAGUGAUGUUGUCUUCGAAUUGGCUUCCUAUAUUCUACAAGAGGCGAAAGGUGAUUUCACCAGUAAUGAUGCAACCAGGUCUGACCUGAAAAAGCUGCCUGCUCUGCCCACCCAGGCCCUAAAGGAGCACCCAUCUCUGGCCUACUGUGAAGAGCGGGUCAUAGAGCAUUACAAGAAGCUCAAUGGGCAGUCCAGAGGGCAAGCUAUUGUAAAUUAUAUGAGCAUUGUAGAGUCUCUGCCCACAUAUGGAGUACAUUACUAUGCUGUAAAGGACAAGCAGGGGAUCCCAUGGUGGUUGGGUCUGAGCUAUAAAGGCAUCUUUCAGUAUGACCACCAGGACAAAGUCAAACCCAGGAAGGUGUUCCAAUGGCGUCAGUUGGAGAAUCUCUACUUCAGAGAGAAGAAGUUUUCAGUAGAAGUUCAUGACCCCAGGAGGGCGUCGGUGACAAGAAGGACGUUUGGUCACAGUGGCAUCGCUGUGCACACGUGGUACGCCUGUCCUGCCCUCAUCAAGUCCAUCUGGGCCAUGGCCAUCAGCCAACACCAGUUCUACCUGGACCGCAAGCAGAGCAAGUCUAAGAUCCAUGCAGCACGGAGUUUGAGUGAGAUUGCUAUAGACCUUACAGAAACAGGAACUCUGAAGACCUCCAAACUGGCCAACAUGGGCAGCAAGGGCAAAAUUAUAAGUGGCAGCAGUGGCAGUCUGCUUUCCUCUGGCUCUCAGGAAUCGGACAGCUCCCAGACAGCUAAGAAGGACAUGCUGGCAGCACUGAGGGCCAGGCAGGAUGCACUGGAGGAAACACUAAGACAGAGACUAGAGGAACUUAAGAGCAUCUGUAUCAGAGAGGCGGAGCUGACAGGAAAGCUACCUAAGGAAUAUCCUUUGGAUCCAGGAGAGGAGCCGCCCACAGUGAGACGGAAGAUUGGUACCGCCUUUAAACUGGAUGAGCAGAAAAUUCUUCCUAAGGGAGAGGAAGAGGAAUUGGAGCGUUUGGAACGGGAGUUUGCCAUUCAGUCCCAGAUUACAGAGGCAGCCAGGCGUCUUGCCAGUGAUCCUCACGUGAGCAGUAAGAAGCUGAAGAAACAGAGGAAGACUUCUUAUCUGAACGCACUGAAGAAGCUCCAGGAAAUUGAGAACUCUAUCAAUGAGUACCGGGUCCGCUCUGGCAAGAAGCCUACACAGAGGGCGUCGCUUAUCAUAGAGGAGGCCAAUAUUGGUUCUGAAGACAGUUCAUUGUCCGACGCACUGGUCUUGGAUGAUGAUGAUCCUCAAGUUACAGGUACCCCCACCUUCUCUCCAGUAGCAUCGCCUCACAAGGGCCUCCCUCCUCGACCACCAUCUCACAGUCGGCCCCCUCCACCGCAGUCCCUGGAUGGCCUGCGACACCUGCACUACACACGCUCUGACUACGAUAAAUCACCCAUCAAACCCAAGAUGUGGAGUGAAUCGUCACUGGAUGAGCCCUACGAAAAAGUCAAGAAACGCUCCUCUCACUCCAGUCACAGGCGUUUCCCAAGCUCUGGCAGUGCAGAGGCAGGGGGUAGUAACUCUCUGCAGAGCAGCCCCAUCAGGAGCCUCCCUCACUGGAAUUCUCAGUCCAGCAUGCCGUCGACCCCAGACCUGAGGACCAGGACUCCACAUUACGUACAUUCCACUAGGUCAGUGGACAUCAGUCCCACACGUCUGCACAGUCUCGCUCAGCACUUUAGGAACCGCAGCUCAAGCCUUGAGUCCCAGGGCAAACUGUUGGCGUCCGACCCCGAUGCACACCCGCACACCCUGGGCACACUGGGCAGCCCUGACUUCUUCCUGGGCCCAGGACGCAGCUCCAAUGGCUCUGACCCACUGGACGACUGCUCAUCCUGCACCAGCCAAAGCAGCUCAGAGCAUUACUAUCCCGCUGGUGGACCCCCUGGAAGCAACCCCAACUACUCUACUCUGGGAGAGGACUCACCCUCCAAAGCCAGGCAGAGGCAGAGGCAAAGACACAGGUCUGCAGGUCACCUGGGUUCCUCUAACUCCGGCUCCAUGCCAAACCUGGCUGCUAAGAACGGCUCAGGUGGAGGCUCAGGUGGAGGUGGGGUGGGAGGAGGACAUCAUGGAGUGUACCUCCACAGCCAGAGCCAGCCCUCCUCCCAGUACCGUAUUAAGGAGUACCCGCUAUACGUAGAGGGCAGCCCCAACCCCGUGGUGGUGCGCAGCCUGGAGAGCGAUCAGGAGGGCCACUACAGCGUGAAGGCCCAGUUCAAGACCUCCAGCUCCUACACGGCCGGGGGACUGUACAAGGAGGCCUGGGGUGGAGAGGAAGGAGGAGAGGGGAGCGGCCGACUCACGCCGUCACGCUCUCAAAUUGUACGGACUCCGUCAUUGGGGAGAGAGGGUGGUGGAGGCGGAGGAGGGGGGAGGGCGGCAGUGUCUGAAGAGCUGCGGUGCUGGUACCAGAGGUCCUCAGGGAGCCUGAAAGAGAGGAGUCACUCACAUUCGGGAUCUACUUCCUCCGAGACAGGGUCACAGCAAGGUACCCUGGGACAUGGUCGAGGGAGUAGAGUAGGAACACUCGCCAAGGGCUCACCAGCUGCAUCCCCUCACAGCCAGAGGAGUAUGACGCCCUCCAGCGAACACGCAGCCACACCCACACCCCCCUGUAGCCCACAGCACAUCCUCAACUGGCAGAGCGGGUCUUUCAGUGACAGCUGUUUUCUCAGCAGCCCCCUGUGUUCAGAGUUGGCAGAUGUGCAGUGGUACGGACACGAUAAGGCCAAACCUGGAACCUUGGUCUGAGACCUUCCUAUAGGGCCCAGAAAAGUCCCAUUGCCCUCUCCUACUGCCUCUCCACUGUCCCUCACUACUACCCAUCGACAACCAACAACCUCAUCCUUAAGGCCCCUACAAAAACCCUGCCCUGAACGGACUGGCGGACUGAACAUGAGCCUCCCUCCUCCCUAAAUCCCGGCCUCCAUCCAUCUCACCACUUCUUUAUUACAGCCCUCUAUCACAGCUCAGCUGGACAGUUACACGCUAGCUGGGCUCUGAUAAGAGUCGAUUUCACAGGACAGACUGAGAAAUGCUGUCAAACUUUUUGCCGUACAGCACCACGGAGCCCGUUCUUUACUCACCCUCUGCACACAAGCGAAGGGGGCAAGGGGGGGAGGAGCGAUGGGAAGAGAGAGCACAGAAAAAUAUCAAACAUACAACUCAAAUUUCAACAGAACCAACAUCGGCCAUUUCAGGAUUUGUAUCAUAUCUCAUCUUUGGUCCCCCAACCUUACUAACUCCAGUGCACUGCCACCCAAUCAGAGGAUACCUGCUGGAUUUGAGCCACCAGUUUAAACCCCAUUUCCAGGCCCAGAUGAACUGUGUUGGAUUUCAUUAUUCCCAUUAAUGUUGUUUGUCGUUUUGUUUAUGUCUCCCUGCAUAUUUAUAUAAAAAAAAGAGAAGAUGACACAGACUUUAAAAAACAAUAAUCUGGAUUAACAAACAUUUAGGUGACAAAUUCAACUCCUCUCAGUUUAACCCACAACCAAAGACAACAACGGGAUUUACUGGUCAUACCAGGGUCCCUGGGCUGGUGCCCCCGCAGAAAAGUAACUGCAACUGUAUGAGAGUGAAUUCACAGUGACGAUAUCAGGAUGGUUCAUGGGACUCUAUCUGGGAUAUUGAUGAGGACUAUAGCAAUAACAAACAUUGUACAAGUAUAUGAACUGGUUUGAAUCUACAGAGUGAAUCGAAGCAGGCGUUUGGCCAUGUUCUUUGCCUUGUGAUGCCUGGAGUAAAGGAUUAUUAGUGCAUCAUAGGGAGAAUUUGGAGUUGUGGUUAUUGGGUUUGGCAUUAAUCUAUGCUUAUUUCAGUGACUUCAUCAUUCAUGUUUAUUUAAUGUCUUUGGUCUUUAUAAGAUUUCUCUGUCCACAACGGUUUGUUUGGCCACAUGGUGCAUUGUGAUCAAUACUAAGAAUUCUGAAUCCACCUCUAUACAUUUUUAAUUUUCACCCGUGAUAGUAAAACAUGAUUGGCUGUUGGCGUUACAUGUGUUUGAUAUUGAGGCUGUUCAGUGAUAAAUCUCUACAGUGAAUUGUCUUUUUUUAAUCACUACUGUCUCUUUUUUUCCUUUGGUCUUGGCUCUAUACCGGUUCUCACCAUGCUGACUGUCUGUCAGUCUUUUGUAGCACUGUGUUUUCACAUCUUUUGGUCCAUCUCUUCAGCAUGACAGGAGCGCCUGACUGAACCCAGACAGUCUGAACUCAAUGCCGGCGGCACACACACACACACACACACACACUGACACAACACCUCAUAUUAUGGGCACGCAUGAGUGCAAGUGUAUCAGUGCCAAACAUGUUGGUGCUUCUACAUUUUUUUUUACUGUAAUUCAGCACUGAACCAGCCACACCUUCAAUCUGCAAACCGCUUUCAAAUCCUAACAAUAAACCUCCACAGUCUGUAGCCCUUGUAUAUAACAGCAGCAAGGCAGAGUAGCCAGAAGACACUUAAAAGACUUCUGUUAUCCAUGAUUUGGUAUCAGGUGUUGUAGUAAUUAUUCAAACAUACUUUAUAAAAGCACAAUAGUGUCUAUGAGGGCUUUAGUAUGUUCUCAUUUUCCACUCUCAAUAUUUUAAUAUAAGUUGUAUCAAAGUGCAUAAAAGGAAACCAGACAAAAACCACAGAUAAGGUGUUACACGAUAGUGCUCUUUUUAUUAGCAUAUGGACAAUUUCAGGUUGACUAAUUAAUACCCCUCUGUCAGGUGCAAAAGAGAAGCCAUAGCGACAACUGAAACAAACAAUACCUUUAAAUGGAGACAGUUAUUUUGUCACACAUCCCAAUCAGCAGGCAGAUCUUCAGAACAGGGUUAGAAAAGCACACCUGGUUUUGUACGAAGGACGUAGAACUCUGCAUGUUUUAGCUGUCUCCCUCAUCUUCCCCUAACCAAUAUUGUUUCAUUGUUGCGCACAAUCUGAAUUCAACAAAUAUUAACUUUACUAAGAUUAUGACAGAUUCUACAUCUCAGUUAUAGAGAGAAGUGGACAUGUUUUUUUCAGUGUUACAGCACCAUUAUGUUUGGAUAAAAAGUGUAACAUGCUUUAUGGCAUGGGAGGAAUGGAACGUAUCUCACCCUGUCCCUCAUAGUGUUUCCUUUAUGCACUGACAUCAGUUGUUGUAAUCUGAAGGUUUAGCCCUCUCCCUGCAUGGUUGGUUCUCCAAGAGUUGUCCACCCAUGCCCUGUCAAAUUUGAUUAGCCUUUACCCAGGAUUGGAACCAGCACUCCCUGGUUACAGUCUCAUAUGAAUGAAUUACUCUGUGUAUUCAAGUCACCUAUUAGAGUACGAGUUUGACCCUGCUUUGCUCACUCAAAGUCUUUGCCCACUGUUUGCGCUCUAAAGACACAAUCCCAUGCAUGCCCUGCAGAUCCACUGACAAAAAAAAGACCCCAAAGACAUUGAGCAUCCGACCACGCUACGCUAACAUUAGCAGGUCUCGCUCCGGAGUGGUUUCUCGCACCCAGAAAGUCCCAUUUUAACCUUGUGGUAAUCUCUGACCUCUGAGCCCGAUGUGAAGAAGUGUGACGUCCCCUCCCUCUGUAGCUCCAAACAUACCUUAUUUUCUGUGCUCCAUAAAAAAAUGUAUGAGGUUUUUUGUAAUACUCCAAGAGAAACAAACUAACUCUUUUAUCAGUCUUUAUCUGUAUGUACGGAGGGGCGCUGUAAGGUUUUGUGGGGUUUUUAACAUUCACAUUCAUUGUUUUAACAAUUUUCCAUUUUAUAUGAACCAGUAUUGUUUUUUUUUUUAGUUCUGACAUUGUAACAACCCUUUCAGGUGCUACAAAAUGACCAGUUACUGCUUUGUCACGUAGGAUCUAGACAUCUCUUCAUUGUUAUCAAUAGAUUCAAUACCAGAUGUGCAAAAUGAAGCUUAUUUUAACAGACAGUUUAAUAGUAGAACACUUCCCCUACCAGACAAUAGAGCAUGUAACUUGAUUUUAUCAGUUCAGUUCAACUGUAACAAUAAAUUUAAGGUGUUGUAGAAAAAAUGUGGAAUUGAUAAAAAAAAAACAGAAUUCCACAGUUAAUUUAUUCUUUUUUCUAUUAAAAAUUUGUAUAGUAACUUUACAUUUUUCAAAACUGUGUUGUUGGAAAUUGAUGAUGAAUUUUCAAGAUGAGAAAGCCGUGGUGGUUCUUCAGAGUAAGAAAAAUAAAUUAUUGAUGAAUGUUCUCAAGA